GCCGCGCCGUGUCAGGGGAGCUCCUUCUGCCGCCGUGGCCCCUCGUCGUCGCUCGCGUGUGGGGAGGGAUGGGCGGAGAAAGGACGCGGCGCGGCUCCUCGCAGAACUACAGCUCCCGGCGUGCGUCGCGCCGCGGGCAACUUAAGGGGGGGGGGGGGGGGGGAAGAUGGCGGCCGCUAAAGCGAGUCGGCGAGGUGGCUGAGCUCUUGCCUGCCCGGCUGGGUUGCCUGGAUUGUCUUAAACCUGUACUCUUCUUUGGCUUAGUUUGGAGGAAUGGCUUACUGUAUUUUUGCAAUAUAGAAGAGAGAUUCCUGAUUAACAAUGCCUGGCAGCAUGUAGUCAGAACCGGGAUGUGGUAUUGAGAGGGAGAAAGAUGAACAUCGGCAGUUAACCAAAGAAAUCACUUUGCAACUCGUUUUCCUAUCAGUCGAUUAACCUUCAUGUGCAGCAUUGUUUGCUAUUGAUUUCUCAAUCAUGGGACGAAAGGGAGUGUGCUGUUGCUGUGCUGCUUUGAGACCUCGCUACAAGCGUCUGGUAGAUAACAUAUUUCCUGAAGAUCCAAAAGAUGGUCUUGUUAAGGCUGAUAUGGAGAAGCUGACUUUCUAUGCGGUUUCUGCACCAGAAAAGCUCGAUCGAAUUGGUGCUUACCUAGCAGAGAGACUGAGCAGAGAUGUUGUCAGACAUCGCUAUGGGUAUGUUUUAAUUGCCAUGGAGGCAUUGGACCAACUUCUAAUGGCUUGCCAUUCUCAAAGCAUAAAACCAUUUGUGGAAAGUUUCCUUCAUAUGGUAGCCAAGCUUCUGGAAUCAGGCGAACCAAAGCUGCAAGUUCUUGGAACUAAUUCUUUUGUCAAAUUUGCCAACAUUGAGGAAGACACACCUUCAUAUCACAGACGCUAUGACUUCUUUGUGUCUCGAUUCAGUGCCAUGUGUCAUUCAUGUGACCACGAUGCAGAAAUACAAACCGAGAUCCGAAUUGCUGGAAUCAGGGGCAUUCAGGGAGUGGUUCGAAAAACAGUUAAUGAUGAACUUCGAGCAACUAUAUGGGAACCUCAGCACAUGGACAAGAUAGUACCAUCAUUGCUGUUUAAUAUGCAGAAAAUAGAAGAUAUUGACAGCAGAAUAGGCCCUCCAUCCUCUCCUACAGGAGGAGAGAAAGAGGAGAAUCCUUCUCUGCUGGCCGAGAACUGUUUCAGGGAACUACUAGGACGAGCAACCUAUGGAAAUAUGAAUAAUGCUGUCAGACCAGUUUUCGCGCAUUUAGACCAUCAUAGACUAUGGGAUCCCAAUGAAUUUGCUGUUUCCUGCUUCAAAAUCAUCAUGUAUUCUAUACAGGCACAAUAUUCCCAUCAUGUAAUACAAGAAAUUCUUGGACACCUUGAUGUUCGCAAAAGAGACUCACCACGAGUUCGUGCUGGCAUUAUUCAGGUUCUUUUGGAAGCAGUUGCAAUCGCAGCUAAAGGAUCGAUAGGUCCAACAGUUCUGGAGGUUUUUAAUACCUUGUUGAAGCACUUGCGCAUCAGUGUUGACUUUGAGCUGGGUGAUAGACGCAGUUCAGCAGGAAGUGCCACUGUCAGCACAAGCUCCAAGGAGAGUGAUGAGAGGAUUGUCCAGAAUGCUAUUAUUCAAACAAUCGGAUUUUUUGGAAGCAAUCUCCCAGAUUACCAGAGAUCAGAGAUUAUGAUGUUCAUUAUGGGAAAAGUACCUGUUUUGGGGACAAAUUCACAAUCACUGGAUACCAGUCACCUUGGAGAUUUGGGAACUAGGAGGAUUCAAAUCAUGUUAUUGAGAUCUUUACUUAUGGUGACUUCAGGAUACAAAGCAACAACGAUAACUAAUGCACUUCCUCCCCCGUUUCUGGACCCGUUAUUGUCUCCUUCACUCAUGGAAGACUCUGAGCUAAGGCAGCUGGUCUUGGAAAUACUGCAUAACCUCAUUGAUCGGCAUGACAACAGAGCAAAGCUCAGAGGGAUACGAAUAAUACCGGAUGUUUCUGAUCUAAAGAUAAAACGAGACAAAAUUUCAAGGCAAGACGUGAGCUUCAUGAAAAAGCACGGUCAGCAGUUGUACAGACACAUCUACUUAGGCUGUAAAGAAGAAGACAAUGUCCAAAAAAACUUUGAACUGCUGUUUACAUCUCUAGCUCUUACCACAAUUGAACUAGCCAAUGAAGAAGUGGUUAUUGACCUCAUUCGAUUAGCUAUUGCUUUGCAGGACAUUGCCAUCAUCAAUGAGGAUAAUCUGCCAAUGUUUAAUCGUUGUGGUGUCAUGGCAUUGGUUGCAGCAUAUCUAAACUUUCUCAGUCAGAUGAUUGCAGUUCCUGCCUUUUGUCAGCAUGUCAGCAAGGUCAUCGAAACUAGAAGUCUGGAAGCAUCUUAUUUUCUACCAGAAACAAUUUUUAAAGACAAAUGCAAUCUUCCAAAAUCCUUAGAGAAGCAUGAAAAAAAUUUAUUUUUCCUGACGAACAAGAUUGCAGAAUCAUUAGGAGGCAGUGGAUACAGUGUGGAAAGAUUGUCAGUUCCGUAUGUACCCCAGGUAACAGCCCUAUUUCCGUCAGGUAAAAAACCUCAUAAAUGCAGACACAAGUCAAAAGAUGAGGACAGACUCUCCAGGAGGAAGAGCAUUGUGGACACGGUAUCUAUUCAGGUGGAUAUUCUGCCUGGCAACAACACAGAGGAUAAGGUUGAUAAUACUGAAGAAAUCACCUUUGAGGCUUUGAAGAAAGCGAUUGAUAACAAUGGACUUGAAGAACAGGAAAAAGAAAAAAGGCGUCUUGUGAUUGAGAAGUUCCAAAAAGCACCAUUUGAAGAAAUUGCAGCACAAUGUGAAACCAAAGCAAACUUGCUUCAUGAUAGACUUGCACAGAUACUGGAACUCACCAUUCGUCCUCCACCUAGCCCCUCAGGAACGAUGACCAUUACUGCUGGACAUGCUCAUUACCAAUCUGUUCCAGUCUAUGAGAUGAAGUUUCCAGAUCUUUGUGUGUAUUAAGUGUCUUCUGAAGUCUGCUGGACAUUAUUUAGAGUAGAGUACAAUAGAAAGAACAAGAUGAGUUUUCAAAUUUUAUUGUUUAUUUCAUCUAAGCUAACUUUAAAGUAAUGAUGGACAUGAGCCAAAUACAGAUUACUCUAGCCAAACUCAUGAGACUGUCUUGAGUUGUUUUCUUCUGUAAUAUAUCUGAAGUUAGGUUUUCCAUAUAUCAUGUUUUUUCGUUUUCAUAUUUGAGUACCUGUAAAAGUCAGAUUUAAAACUUGUCUUGCCAUGUAGGUGAAUAUUUCAGUUACUCUAGGAAUUUGUAUUUCUGUAAAUUCCUCUAAUUUGAGGCAAUGUAACUGAAGAACCUGUUAAAGGUUUUUUCUUUUUUUUUUUUUUUUUUUGUUUGGUUGGGUUUUUUUCUCCUCUCCACCUCAAUUAUCUAUCUAAAUAGAAUGCUUUUGGCUUGCUUCAUCUUAUUAAAUGUAACCAGUGGAGCACUACCUUAGCUCCCUUUUGUUCAUGCUUUCAUAGCUAGUCAACUUGUUUAUUUUGGAAUAUAUGGAAAAAACCAAUACCUUACAUGUGUUCAAGUACAGUAAAUGAAUUAAUGGACACUUGUUAAGUAUUUUUUGGAUGCAUCAUAUAAUAUGCUUUUUAGAUAUAUACGCCCAGUAUAUGUCCUGUGUUUCUUGCUGAAAGUUAACUGCUUUGCAUAAGAGAGGAGAAAUCUCCUGAAGCACUGAAUUGUGCAAUAUUUUUCAUGUCUUAAGGUCUAUGGUUUACAGACUGUACUUUUGAAAAUGCAGUAGUAUUUUACUGUCUGCUUUAGUAUAAAUACACGAGAGAUAUAUUUAGUAUAGCAGAAAAUAAACUGAGGGCAUUUUAAAUCAUAAAUACAGAAAUUACAAAUAUAUUCUAUGAAGUAUUUCUCUGUAGUUUAUUACAGCUUUUUAAUGAUAUUUUAGAAAUUGAAAGAAAACUGGAUGAAACCAUUUAAAGACCAAGAAUUUAUUACUUAUGUUUUCAAGCAAAAGCAUUUUUAGAGAUGCAUCUCUGUGUUCGUUUUUGUUUCAUUUCUCAAACCUUUCUAGAAAUUAGGAAAAUAUGGUAACUUUCAUAGGUUUAUGUAUCUGAGUAUACUAUUCAAAUAUAAAUAAAGUAAAACUGAUACAGUAAAUCACGACCUUUUGAUGAUAAUUGUCAAGGCUGUCUUUAUGACUCACUAAAUUCUGCAGGCAAAAAGAAAAAACAGCCUUUGUUGAUGCCAUGAACAGUAAGGUUUAAGUCCCUUAAUCUAUCUGAAUCUGACUGAAGCAGCACAAACAUGAAUGAAUGUUCUCAAAUAUCUAUAAUAAAUGUAAGAUAUUUAAGUUAGCCAGCAGUUUAGAUAAACAGUGAUCAGGCCAUGAACAAAGUGAUUAACUUCAGUUAGCCCUGCUUUGAGCAGGAGCUUGGUUUAGAUGACCUUCAGAAGCCCUAACCUAAAUUAAUCUAUGAUUGCAUAAUUCUAAGAUCUGAACGGUUAUCAGACCAGCUAAUUUUCUGUUUUGAGCAUUUGCAAACCCACUGUAAAAAGGAUUUCAAGUUUUUUGAACUGUAGUGCAGUAUUCCACUGGACUACUUUUAAAAGUCUGAUGUGACAUAACAUCAGAGAAAUAUCAGCUACUUAAACCUAUGAGAUAACAUGCUGAGACUUUCAGAAAGCAUUCACAAAACUCAAAAGGUAAUUGAGACCUUUUUUUCAGUUUAACAGUGCAAUCACAGCUGUUAGUGGAUGACGAAACAGCCCCUUAUCUACAGCAUUCCGUUGUGAUUUUUACUGCUGCAGCGUAUCAGCCUGAUCAGACCACAGUCUACACAUAAAUAGGACUCUAGCUUUUAGUUUUCACUUUUUGAUUUUUUUAAGGUAAGACAUAAUAGUUUUUGGGCCUAUAUAAAAAGUGUAAUUUUUUAAAUAAUAAAUCUAACCUAGGGAUACAAUGUAAAACACUUAUCCACUCUGUCUUUUUUUAAGAAUAACACUCUGCACUUUUGUACAGAAAGAAAAUAAGGAGUCUAAGAAAUAAAGAAUGUAUUUCUGUUUGCACUCUUGCAGUACUGAGACUGUGCUGUAAAUACAGGAUUGUUUCUGUGAUUGAAUUCUGUUGCAUGAAUGCUGCAUGUGAAAAUAACUAGAUUCAGCAUUUCAUUUUCUGUUCUGUUUAUGAAGUAUUUUUCAUUUAUGCUAAUGGCAGGUUUCCAUGUUUUCAAUCUUCAAAUGAGCUUUGUUUGGGAAAUGCAGGUGUUGUGCAGGUAUUGUGCAGGGAAUGAAGAGCUUGUAACACACUGUGUUCACAUGAUACUUAAUUUCUUCCUUUCUGGAAAUUCAGGGAGUCUGUAAGUUGAUAAUUGGUUCACUCUGGCCUUUCUAGACAGCUGGGAGAUGGGAAUGACUGUAAAAUGUAUUGUUUUGGUAGCUAUUGUUAUAUGUAGCUAAUGAAUGAAACCAAAUGAAUUCAGAAUGCUGUUGUACAGUGUAAAGCUGCUUUGUUUCACUUACCUCUUUAUGUUCUUGAGACAAGUUGCAGAACUUAAAAGCUCCAUAUGCAUCUGGCCCUGUGCUAUCUGCAACACAUUGAGUACUGUCACAAUGUUUAUGAAUUGGUAUCCAGCUGUUUAUAUGUAUUCCAGCUUUUGCUUUGGGUUCUCUUUCCCAUUAUGUCGUUUUGAAAAAUUACAGCUUUUGGUAGUGGGUCACUUCAAACUAAAUUAAAUCCUUGUUAAUUUCAAAAGAUAGAAAUAGCCUGUUGUCCAAAAUCAGAGUAGGGCUAAUUUGUCUGUUGUUCUGAUGGUCUUAUAUUAUGUACUGUAUGUAAUGAACCAGUUUCAAUAAAUGUAAGAAUACACUGUGCAAUCUACAUUUAAGCAAUAAAAUAAACCAAAAUUUAAAAUUAA